GGAAUAAUUGAGCUUAUGGUAACUGGAUUGUUCAUCGGAAGAUACUGGACUGUUCAUGCUAAUGGUAACUGCAGCGCGUGCAGUUAUUUUGGUACAUUCAGGAUUAACAAGUGCCAAUUUGGUUGUCUCCAACCGACUCAACAAUGGUAUCAUGUUCCUCAGUCUUGGCUCAAGCCAUCCCAAAAUCUGUUGGUGGUAUUUGAGGAGCUUGCUGGCGAUGUUACAAAGAUUGAUCUUCUGAAAGUCACCCACGUGUUGAGAAAUGGCAGACCAAGAACUGAGGCAAACUGAAGGAGCAAAAGAAGCCUAAACUUCGACUAGAGUGUACAAA